AUGGUGGUUUCAUCUCAACCAAUUCUUCAGAAUUCUUCAAACUUAUAUAGAACAUGCAAAUCUACCUCUGAUCUCCAUUUCAGUGAUAUUAAUAAUAAUAGCGUUAUUCCAGUGAUUGACAUGUUAGAUCCUAAAGCUAAAUUCCUUAUUACAAAAGCAUGUGAAGAAUUUGGAUUCUUUAAGAUCGUCAAUCAUGGUGUUUCUGAUGACACGAUGAUUAAAUUGGAACGUGAUGCGGUCAAGUUCUUUGAUUUACCACAGUGUGACAAGGACAAAGCUGGUCCUGCUAGUCCUUAUGGUUAUGGCAACAAGAGAAUUGGAUCAAACGGCGAUGUCGGUUGGGUUGAAUAUAUUUUGUUGGCUGUAAACGAUGGACUCGUUUCUGAGAAAUCCGUUGCCUUUCCUGGAACUCCUCACCUUUUCUGGUAUGCUCUGAACGAAUAUGUGGCAGCAGUUAGAAAUAUAGCAUGUGUUGUGCUAGAAAAGAUGGCAGAUGGUUUGAAGAUUGAGCCAAAAAAUGUGCUGAGUAGGAUGCUAAAGGAUGAAAAGAGUGACUCUUGUUUUAGGGUAAACCAUUAUCCACCAUGCACAGAAAUUGAAGCAUAUUUGAAAGGUGGUAGAAAUUUUAUUGGUUUUGGUGAGCAUACAGAUCCACAAGUUAUAUCUGUUAUAAGGUCUAAUAACACAACUGGACUUCAAAUAUCACUUAAAGAUGGUACAUGGGUCUCAGUUCCACCUGAUGAGCACUCAUUUUUCAUCAUUGUUGGAGAUUCCCUGCAGGUACUGACUAAUGGAAGGUUUAAGAGUGUAAAACAUAGAGUCUUGGCAAACAGUGUAAGGUCAAGAUUGUCAAUGAUUUAUUUUGGUGGGCCUCCUUUGAAUGAAAAAAUACUGCCUUUAUCAUCUUUAAUGGAAGAAGGGGAAGAAAGUUUGUACAAGGAAUUUACAUGGCAUGAAUACAAGAAAUCUACCUACAUGACAAAGUUGAGUGCUGAUAGGCUAGGACUCUUUGAAAAGAAUAUGAUAGUACCAUAUGCUAAAAAAUUGCCAAAUUUAGGAAAAAUCAUACUGUAG